UAGCUUUUUGCUCCGCACUACCGCUGGGGGCUAAGGCUAAGUAGAGGCUAACGCUAGUUAAUUAUGUCGUCGUGCGCCGUGCGCCCCGCAUUUAACGGCGGAACAAUGGCUGCGCGCGCGUUGGCUUCGCGUCUCGCGCCUUCGCAGGGGCUAGCGAGUUCCGCGGGGAAUCUAGGCUGGCAGCAUUCCUCGCUAUGGAGUGAUGCGAGACUCGCGAAGGGGUCGAUAUUCGUUCCAGCUUUCGAAGCCUCACCCCGUCUGCGGAAGAUCGUUGCGCCAGUGGCUAUGGCGCGGAAGAAGUCUGGAUUCGCGCAGCUGCUGACCAAGGGCUUCUCAGGUCCGCCAGCAGAGUCGCGCCCCAAGGCCCCCCUGAAGCAGGGGAAUCUGUCCCCCACGCGCCCAGUGCCCCCCCACAUCCCCCGGCCACCCUAUGCGGACAGCGGAGUUGCUCCUCCCUGGACCAUGGAUCCCCAGGUGCAUGGGGAGGAGGGCAUCAGGCGGAUGAGGGAGGCGGGUGAACUGGCAGCACGAGUGAGAGACCAUGCCGGCACGCUGGUGAAGCCCGGAGUGACAACAGAUGAGAUCGACCGAGUGGUGCAUGAGAUGAUCAUAGAGGCGGGCGCAUACCCCUCGCCUCUCAACUAUGCGGGCUUCCCCAAGUCCGUGUGCACAUCGGUCAACGAGUGCAUCUGCCACGGGAUCCCGGACUCCAGGCCGCUUCAGGAUGGUGAUAUAAUCAACAUUGAUGUUACUGUCUACCUUAAUGGUUACCACGGCGACACGUCAAAAACAUUCUUCUGUGGGAAUGUAUCUAAACCUGCUCAGAAGCUAGUGCAGGUGACUGAGGAGGCACUAGAUGCAGCGAUAGCUCUAUGUGGGCCAGAUGUGGAGUUCAAGAAGAUAGGCCAUGCCAUCCAUGCCGUGGCGGACAAGCACGGCUACGGCGUCGUGCGCAAGUUCAUCGGCCAUGGCGUCGGCUCUGUCUUCCAUGCCGGCCCUGCCGUCCUGCACUACCGCAACAAUGAGCCGGGCCGCAUGCAAGUGGGGCAGACAUUCACCAUUGAGCCCAUGUUCACCAUGGGAGGGGUGCGCGACGUGAUGUGGGACGAUGGGUGGACGGCAGUGACUGCAGAUGGCACCUUGACAGCCCAGUUUGAGCACACCCUGCUUAUAACGGAUACAGGGGUGGAGGUGCUUACUAAGGGAUGAACUGUUGUAACCAUUUUGCUCUGUUUGAGUGCACUCUGCUAUAUCAAUCAGGGAUGGUGGAGUUCCGGUACCAUCUGAUGACUUCUGGAAGGGCUGCGCUGUGUAGAUGGUGAGUUGAAAAUCUGUACACCUCAUAAAGCAACAUUCUUGCUAUGUACAUCUUUUCUGAAACGCUUC